AUGGGCGCCGUAAAAGACCUUCAUGGCAUCGCCUUGCCUGGUCGAUACGAGAUCCGCCCGAUAGAGCCGCAGCACGAAGAAUGGUGUCGCGCGUUGCUCGCCCAAGCACUGCUGCUGCGUGCGCCAAUCUGGCGACCAUUAAUCCCUGAGCCGAAAGUCAAGACGAUACUGACAGGCUGGCGGACUCUGGAGCCUUACUAUGGCCACUCUCUACGCAAUGGCCUCUCCUACGCCGUCUACGAUAAAGAGUAUGUCUUCAAGCGUCCUGAAUCUGUUGCCAGCGGCGGUGCAUUCUACUGGGAUGAGAUUAAUGCCGAAGACCCGGCACUUGAGGUCAAGGGAGAGCAGUGGAUGUUGGAUGGGCUAGACUUUCCAAUCGUUUCCCUGGCUCUGUCAUACGACCUGCUUCAGCCGCCACCCAAGGAAGCAUAUGCGGCCAUGGGCAGGCUACUCCCCGCCUGGGGUGCGAUGAUGGCGCAGUUCACAGACACGGCCCAAACCAUUCCCAAUCUCCCGCAGCCCACUGAAAUUGGUCAGUAUGCACACCGAUCCGGGUGCGUAACGCGUUCAGAGUACGAAGGGAAGGGACUGGGGAAACUGGCAUCAUGGUGGGUGAUGCACGAGAUGGCGGCCAAAGGGUUCCGGGGGCUGUUGGUAGGCGCCGGAAAUGACCAGAUUUCGAAGAUUUGGCUGCAUAAAGAUGCGCCAUUCAAAGUCGAAACAAUCAUCAAGGAAGACCUUUGGGAGGUGGAGCUAGAAGUCGAUGGGCAGAACAUACGUCCGUAUAAGGGUCAUCCGUUGCGAGACUUCAGAUACCUUCAGUGUGAUUUGAAAGAGAGCAAGACUGGACUGAGUUCGGAGGCAAUGGGCCGAGAGUAUUAG